UAUCACACUAAGCUAUUGGAAAUGAGCGGAAAUCUGAGCAAGCUCGCGAUCGUGCUCACAGUCGUCUUCGCGGUGUCUGUCACGGCCUUGGUUGCACAGCUCAUCUGUGUCAAGUGGCGGCAGAGGCGGUUCCGAAGGCGGAGCCUCGGGGCGGGUGACCGCGAGUCCAAUUCCAGUGCGGCGGAUGUCGCAGCCGCCUUCUACUCGCCCUCCAAGGAGCUGCUCUACUUCUUCUGCUGGAAGAACCAGUCCCGAGUCGAGCCCAACGGGAGGGUUCAUGAGGCCCGGUCCAGCACGACCGAGUCUGAGGAGGAUAUCGACGACAUCCUGAAGUGGCACGGGACCAUGUUCGGUCCCCCGAGGUUCCUCUUCACCAUCAGGGAAGACCAAGAGCGAGAAGUCGAGUCGGAGUCCGACGUUAUUAACAACAACAGCAACGGCAGUGGCCCCAGUGCUCCUCCGGUGGAGGAGAUCAUGAGGAAGAGGGUGUCCCUGCGGGAGUGUUUGGAAGCGCCCGAGGCCGAGGCCGAGGCCCUACCGGUGGCAGAGGCGGAGGCAGACGAUGAAGUAGCCGUAACGGUUGUCUCGUUCGAUGUGACCCCGUUCUCGACCCCCUGCGCCUCGCCUACAUACUUCACCCCGUCGCCUUCUCCAGCACGUGACAGUCACGUGGACACCCAUCCUGAAGGGGACACUAGUGAUCUUUCCAUCGCAGGCCUCCGAAGCUCUGUGGAAGAACGUAAGGCACCGGAAUUUGUUAGCUUAGAAAUUGGUGUGGCAUAAGCCUAAAAAGAACCCGAAAAUGCAGCAGAUCAUCGGUGUGGCCACCGGCAGCUAAGAGGCCGACUGGGUGACGAGCUUGACCGGCGAAAGUUGAUGUCGAGCAUUUUGAUACUGGGUGAUCGAGUGUGGUCAGUGGUAUAGUAUAUGACAUAUUGUAUAUACAUAGCUAAUUUUCUUUUCUCCUCCCGGCCGGGUCGGGGUUGAUCGUGAACUUUUGACAUUUGACUUCAUUUCUCCCCCUGACCUGCAUGCCACGUCAGCUAAUGGCCCGACGUGGUGGGGUCCAACUGGGUGUGAGUUUUACUUCCCUUUUUUUAAUCUAAUUACGAAAAUUAAUUAUUUCGAGUA